UCCACCAUUCCAAGUCACCAAUAGUCUUUACACGAACAAAACCCGUUUUCAAAAUGAUGAAACCUGUAUGCAUCCCGUACAACAAUAGCCCGAUCAGCAACCCUCGAUAUGAACUUGAUCCAUUUAUGACAAUCGUUACAAACACGCAGAUUCUUCAUAACGUGCAAGGGAAUCACACCAGGCAGGCUCAUGAGCCCGAAAGCAACUGCCAGUUUCUCACUGUGUACGAGCUCAGUCGGGUCCUUCUGCCCGAGCUCCGACUCACUCCACAAGCUCCCACGGUCCUGCACGUACCCGAUCUCAGCUACACGCUCGUUCAAAACCUCCAAAUACCCAUAAAUCUCUUUCGUAAGAGGGUGAAGCCUAUCCCCAACAAAAAAUGCAUGGACCGAGUCCUUUAUCUCGACCCAACUACGGCCUGGCUCCUUCUUCACGCCUUUGUCUCUCAUGAGCCUUCUCGUUCGAUCACGAUCGUCCCAUUUGCCUGUGACCGCGUACAUGUUGGACAUGAGCACGUAAGUAGCCGAGUCCUUGGGCUCCAAUUCCAAGAGACGCUUAGCGGCAAACUCCCCGAUUUCUCUGUUCUUGCGCUCAAGAGAGUCCUCCAGACCAUUGCAUCUGGCGGUCAAAACUCCCACGAAUGUUAUGUGGUUCGGAUUUAUUCGCAUCCUCUUCAUGUCUUCGAAGAGCUCUAUGGCUCGCACGCCAUGCCCGUGCUGAGAGUAACCCGUGAUCAUAGCAUUCCACGAGACUUCGUUUUUCCGAGGAUUCUCGAGGAAAACCUUGCGGGCCCCACUAAGGCACCCGCAUUUCGCGUACAGAGUGACCAAGACGUUGCAGACUUCAGUCUCGGUAUCGUUUGCGGCCGCACUAACUGCAGAACCGUAGGUGAACAUAUUGGCCUUCUCUCCAGCCCGAAUCAUUUGAGCGAAAACCUUCAGAGCAUCUUCACUGUUUCCACUCUGCCCAAGUCCAGAUAUGAACCCAUUCCAAGAAAUAUUGUCUUUCGGAUUAAUUCUCUCAAAUGCCGAGUCGGCCUCCCUCGUGCAGCCGCACCUAGCAUA